AUGGCAACUGCUGUUGAUGAAAUUUUGAAUGCUAACAAAAGGCCAAAUUGGUUACAUCCAGCAAUGUUUCAUGGACCAUUAACAUCAGCAAUUUGUUCUUUGCCACCAAUUCCUGACAGCAAUGCGAUAUUAAUGCCACCAAUAGUUGAUCCACGUGAAGUAUAUUGGUCAAAAUUUAGCAUUUGCAAUCAUUCUUGUCCUUUGGAACAGAAACCAUUUAUCGUUUCAUUACAGUAUUAUUCACCACAUUCAUUGCAAAAGUUACCAAAUAAUUUUAACUUCUCAUCGCCAUCCUCUACCUCUCCUCUAAUCAGUGAUUCAUUAACAAUUUCUGCCAAAAACAACGCUUUACCACGUGUAGGCGCUCUACCCAAUGAUAAAUUCCGUAAUGCGAAACAAAUUGAAAUUGAACUAUUUGUUGGAAAAAUUUUACGCGCACGUGGCUUACAAUUUAAUCGUAGCAAUGAUGAAAGCAUACCAAAGAAAUACCUUUAUCAAUUACCAUCAACUAAUCCAACUUAUGAAUGA